AUGAAAUUUCAAAUUGCUCUACUAAUACUGUCAGCUGCUAUCGGAGGGAUAACGCCGAACAAAAUCAAUACGUAUGCUAUCUUCAAAAAAAAAAAUUAUGAAUUGAAAAAAACUCUUUUUGUAAAAAGUGUUACUUUACUUAAGAAAAAGAAUAUCCAUAGACACUUUAACAACACAGAAAAAAAAAGUUACACUAAUUUAUAUACAAUUAAAAAUCCACUAAAAUGUAAAGUGCUUGACAAAGUGAAACUUGUGAGAGAACACUCUCGGCAUGAUGUGUACAAUGUUGAAAUAUAUCAUGGAGGAAUGUUUACAUAUUUGGAAGGUCAUUCCUGUGGAAUAAUUCCAUACUGUGGAGGAGUGUACAAUAAAGAGGGGGCAAAUAGACUAUACGAUAAUAUUGGGAAAAAAAGGGUAGGUCAUGAAAUACGGAUCGAGGAGAACCAUACAAAUGAUGAGAAGCAGGGUAGAGAAGGCAGAAAUAAUUACCCCGUGAAGCACAUAAAAUGCGCAAGGCUAUAUUCCAUAUCGUCCAGCAGUGCAGACAAUAUAUCCAUUGCUGUAAAGAUUCAUACUUAUAAUGAAGAAAAAAAUGGAAAAGUGGCCCUGAAAUAUGGGUACUGCUCUGGUUAUAUAAAAAAUUUAAAAAAGAAUGAUGAUAUAUAUUUAACAGGACCACAUGGAUCAUUUAUUUUACCGAAUAAUGUUAUCGAAAAAAAUACAAAUUUAAUUUUAAUCGCAACAGGCACGGGGAUAUCUCCAUAUAUAUCUUUUUUAAAAAAAAUUUGGGGGUAUGAAAAAAAUAAAAGUAUAAAAAAAUCAACUUAUAAUGGACAAAUUCAUUUAUUUUAUGGUAUAUAUAAUGAAGACUCCAUUUUAUAUUUAGAUGAACUAGAAUACUUUAAGAAAAUGUACCCAUCUAACUUCCACAUCAAUUAUAUCUUUUCGGUUAAUAAAAAUACAGAUGGUACUUCUCACUAUGUGCAAGAUGAAAUAUACAAAGGACGAGAAAAUUUUCUGCGUCUUUUUAAUGAUCUCAAAUGUGAACUUUACAUAUGUGGUCACAAGACUAUAAGGCCAAAAAUUAUGGAUAUUCUGAAAUGUCAUCAAUCUUGGGAUCCUGAAAAACGAAGGAGAGUGCACGUGGAGGUUUACUAG